UUUCACCAGUUCUGUGUCAGAGCAUACUCAGACAGAUCCAGAGCUUGAGACUAUUAAGAUCUCUCCAGUACAAGAUCAUCUGUUCCAAAAGCAGUGACUACAGACCAUUCCUCAAACUCCGAGAGGGCAGACAACAAUGUUAAGACUCAUACUACUCGGCCUCCUGUGUGGAGGGGCAUCUGCAGGGUCUCACAGUCUCCGGUAUUUUCACACCUGGAUCACCCCCCUCCCGGGAAUACCGGAGUUUAUGGUGGUCGGUUAUGUGGAUGAGAAACUGUUUGAUUACUAUGACAGUGAGAUCCGGAGGGACAUCCCCCGGCAGCGCUGGGCAGAGGAGAAUCUGGGAGCGGAUUAUUGGGAGCGGCAGACACAGACCGCCCGGGGCUGGGAGCCGUGGGGAAAGACCAACAUCCAGACCGCCCUGGAGAGGACCAACCAGACCGGGGGGAUCCACACCAUCCAGAUGAUGUACGGCUGUGAGCUCCGGGAUGACGGCAGCACCGGGGGGUUUAACCAGCACGGCUGGGAUAACAGCGACUUCAUCAGCUUCGACAAGAAGGACAUGGUGUGGGUGACCCCCCUCAGCUGGGGGGAGAUCACCAAAAACAAGUGGGACCGGGAUCCGGCACUCAACCAGCAGCUAAAGGGUUACCUGGAGGGAACCUGUAUCGAGUGGCUGAAAAAAUACCUUAAAUAUGGAGAGAGAGAACUGAGACCAGUCAAACCCUCUGUGACGUUUACCUCUGUGGGGGGUAAUAAACAGCUCUCCUGUGUCGCCACUGGGUUCUACCCUCAUUCCAUUGACGUGAGUCUGUUCCGAGAUGGUGUGAAGAUCGAUGAGACAGAAUCCACUGGAGUCCGACCCAAUCACGAUGGAUCCUACCAGAUCCACAGAUGGACGGAGUUUGACCCGAAUUCCCAGGCCAAGUACUCCUGUGUGGUGGAUCACGACGGAUUGGGGCAGAAGCUGGUUGUGUUUUAUGAACCAAAGACCAGCUCCAUGCUCCUGGUUAUAAUCUGUGCUGUCGUUGUCCUCGUGGUGAUUAUUGCGGCCAUCGCUGGGGUUGUCUGGUACAAAAAGAAAGCAGGCCAGAAGACUGGCUACAAUCCAGCAAAAACUUCUGAUAAAGGGGACUCCUCUUCAGCCUCCUCUGCCACUGCUUAAAGCAGCUUCUCAUGUCCCACACACGUUGCUUGAAAUCCCAGGAAUAAGGUGGCGAAAGGAAUUGAUGAAGAAUUGGGGAAUUUGGGGGCGGGGGGUGGUUUACAUGAAUAAAAGAGUGAGAGAAUCUUGAUUAUAAA